CGAAUAGGUACCAAUUUGUUUACAAGUAGGCAAAAGCGGAAAGGAGAUGCAAGAACAAAGCAUAGAUCAGUGGCUCAAAGUCAGCAUCUUUGAGCCGUAAAAUGAAUAAGAAAGGUCUCGCAAUUCUUUUGCGUACGAAAGUGCGCCCUCAGUCACCUUCUUCCGUGAGUAUUGGCGUAUUGCUAAUAAUCUAAGAUGCUUAAAAUAUACAUUAUAUAUGCCUUAUUUCUUUGCUGUAUUCGGAACAACUGUGCAGUUAUGCUGUAUCAUGUAUGUAUUUUUGGACUUUAAGGUUUUCCAUAUUCUUUAUGGGAUAAGCCUCAUAUGUUGUGAUCGGAUGCAAAACAGAACAAAGUGCACAAAAUGGAGACAUCUCCCCGAGAAAGCACCCAAAUUUCUGCUCCGACUGAGUCCUCUGAUCCGGAAAGGCACCCUGUUCAAGUAAGGGAUUGGAUGCACUCUGCAAUAUCAAUGAACAAGACAGAAAUAUUAGAUGCUGCUCUAAAUGGGUUUUCUGAGGGUUAUGUUGGCCUUUCCCAUGAAAGCCGUCGUGAUUUGCUUCUUGCACUAGCCCGAGAUUAUGAUCUCAACCGGGCUCAGGUUCGUGAAAUGAUGAAACAGUAUCUUGAUCUUCAGCUUCCCAGUGAUAAGGAUAAAGACUGUGGGCAUGAAGAGGAAGGGUCAGUGUCUGCAUUCUACAGAAUAGAGCGGAAUCUGAGACAUGCUUUAAAGCCAAUGUAUGAGGUCCUCUUUGAGCGCCUAAAUACACAUCCUGGAGGACUGAAGUUCCUGUCUGAUAUGCGCGCUGAUAUUAUUUUGAUUCUCUCGGGUGAAAAUGCUCCGUCACUGAGAGCAUUAGACUCCUUCUUGAAAGAGAAACUGGUUACAUGGCUGAGCCCUGCUAAUCUAGAGCUCCACAAUAUAACAUGGGAUGAUCCUGCUUCUUUGUUGGAAAAGAUUGUAGCAUAUGAGGCUGUACAUCCUAUAAGCAAUCUUAUAGAUCUCAAAAGAAGGCUAGGAGUAGGUCGUCGUUGCUUUGGUUAUUUUCAUCCAGCAAUUCCUGGUGAACCUCUUAUUUUUAUUGAAGUGGCACUUAUGAAAGAUGUGGCUCAGACGAUACAGGAGGUCUUAUGGGAUGAUCCUCCAACACUGGAAUGUGAUGCCAGCUGUGCACUAUUUUACUCUAUUUCAUCAACUCAGUCCGGUUUAUCAGGAAUCAACCUUGGAAAGUUUCUAAUCAAGCGAGUGAUUGAUGUGGUAAAGAAGGAUUUGCCCACCAUCUCUACUUUUGCAACACUAAGCCCUAUUCCUGGUUACAUGCAAUGGCUGCUCUCUAAGUUGGCUUCUUCAGAGAGAUCAAGUUCAACCUUUAGAGAGAACUUACUUAAUCCAGAUGAAGAAAGAGCCAUUUUAGAUGCAUCAGGGGAAUUGAAUACAGGAAGAAGUGGUAUUGACGUACUGCGGAAUAUGUUGGCAUCAAAGGACUAUGAGUGGACUAGAUCAACAAUGUUGAUAUCUGUGCUUAGAGCCCCUCUAAUGCGACUUUGUGUUAGGUACCUUCUCCAUGAGAAGAAGAGAGGAAAGGCUCUUGACUCUGUUGCCAAUUUCCACUUGCAAAAUGGGGCAAUAGUUGGAAGACUUAAUUGGAUGGCUGACAAAUCUGAAAAGGGCCUCAACCAAAGUGGUGGUAUAAUGGUAAAUUACAUAUACAGACUGGAGAAUAUUGAAGAAAAUGCCCAGUCAUAUAUUAGUGGAGGACUUAUGCAAACAUCCUCUGAUGUCAGAAACUAUAUUGCGGAUGCAGAAUGAUCAAGGAAGAGGGAAAGAUGAAUACUACAUGUGUAUAUUGUGUAAUCUUCAUUUAGUUCGUUCUCAUUAUACAGGUAAAUAUGUCCUACGUUUCGCCGGCAAAUGUAAUACAGGGUAUUUUCAACAGUAAAGGUGUUAUGACUAUUAUCUUUCCAUCGCUUUUGAAUCUCGGACCUCUCGGUUAUUUGCAGUCGGUAAUAAGGGCAACGGUGCUUAUUAUUGAUCUCCACUCGUAUUGAUUGGCGUUAUUUUCUUACUGUGCUACUUAUACACUCUGUAUCAGAAUUUAAUACUUGUCCUCGG